UCAGCAAUUCUUUUACUUGACAGCUCAAUAAGUGUUUGUCUACUUGAAUAAUUCCGUCUGUUCUUUCUUUAUUUUUUAUGUGUUAUUAAUUUAUCGUAAAAUGCAUUGAUAACUAGUAUUGAUCAUAUAAUUUUUGACACUGAUUUUCUAUUUAAAUGCAGUAAAUUUCUACGUUCAUCGAUAACAAUGAAAAUCAGCAUCAAAAUACUUAACGGACAGGAAUGUUCAUUUGAUGUUAACAGUGAAAUGACAGUUGCAGAAUUAAAAAAUCAUGUGUUUGAAGCACUGAAGGUUCCUGUUAAAGAUCAAAGACUACUUCUUACUGGUCGUCCAUUAAGUGAUGAAAAAACAUUAAUUGAUUAUCCACAAAUUAAAGAUGGUACUAGACUUAAUCUAGUGGUAAAACAACAACCAAUCAUCAAGACUGAUGAAUUAGAAGAAAUGAUUACUAGACAUGUACGAGCACAUUAUAGCAAUGAAGACACUGUUAAAGUCUUAAAAGAAUUUAUGAAAGAAUUUGAUCGUUCACUCACACAAUUUAGUUUAGAUGAUUAUGAACGUAUGGCAAAAUCAUUAUUAACCCAUGAAGAACAGCCUCAAAAAAAUCCUUAAUAAUAAACAAAGCAUUUUGUAAUAUAAUUUAAAUAAAAAUUUAAGUAAUCUAUUUUUAUCUAUUUCUAUUGAUGUUAUACUAGUUUAUUUGACUAUUGUAGCCACAAUAUUUUUUUUUUGUAUAGGCUUUACAAUAAUUAUAUAUAAUGCUAAAUUUGUUU